AGUAUUGCGCAUGGGUAGCCAGAACAUCCUGUGUUAUGGGUGCAAGAUUGUCAACAAAGGAGGUUUUGCUGAAUCUGUUGAAGUGUUUAGUAGUUUUCUAUUCACUUUACUAUGUUGUUGGCAGUAUCUGCUUCGCAGCUUACAGACUGGAUACAUUCAAUGGCAAGAUCCCUUUUGACUUCAAGAGCUGGAUAGACCUAACCCAGUGCUGUAACAACUACACCUCACAACAGAUGGUGAACCUGAUUUCAAUGGAGGUGACCUGUGCAGUGAGUGGUCUGGGGUACAGUUGUGUCAGCUGUCAUUGGGUGUGGGACUACUCCAUCACCAUCAUCCUCAUCCACAUCCUCCUCUGCUGUGCAGUGAUGCUGAAUUUCCCAGUAAGCUGGUCUUGGUGGAUAUGUUUAGGUUGUGGUUUGCUGAUGCAGAUAGGCCUGGGGGAACUGAUUGCAUUGGUUAGAUGGCGGAAGAAGCUGGCUCAGGUUGCAUUGUCACCUGAACAGGAGCCUACUAACUACCUCUACAGAAGACUGUGAUCCUGCCAUGACCAAGGGAUAUAACUCUGCGGAAGUUUCACCCACAUGAUAUGUGUUCACUAUAUGUAUUAGAGGUGUGUGUCCACCACAUGAUAUAUACCGGUAUGUGAUAAUGCUGGGUUCACCAUAAUGAUAUAUACCAAUUUUUAAACUUAUCCUAUCUCACGGUAUGCACCUCUCCUCUUCUUCUACGACCAUGUGUGGAAACGUGCUGUAGGCUAAGUUGAAUCAAAUCUUACUGGCC